UCGCCAUUUUGUUAUCUAGCUGCAUAUGAUGCUGCGCUAUGAUGCGUGUUGCUUUGCGAUGUGAGUUUCGAUAGUUUUUACAAUUUUGAAAAGGUUAACGCUAAAACAAUUUAGUAUUGCAAACAUCGAAACGUAGAUUAUGGCGGAAUAUUUAGCAUCAAUUUUCGGAACCGAGAAAGACAAGGUAAAUUGCUCCUUCUACUUCAAAAUCGGUGCUUGCCGACACGGUGACAGAUGUUCACGAAUUCACAACAAACCUACAUUUAGUCAGACAUGUCUGCUUCAAAAUUUGUAUGUAAAUCCUCAGAAUUCUGCCAAGAGUGCAGAUGGUUCUCACUUGGUCGCAAAUGUAUCUGACGAAGAGAUGCAAGAACAUUAUGACAACUUCUUUGAAGAUGUUUUUGUUGAAUGUGAGGAUAAGUAUGGAGAAAUCGAAGAGAUGAAUGUAUGCGACAAUCUGGGAGAUCAUUUGGUCGGCAACGUAUACAUCAAGUUUCGAAGAGAAGAAGAUGCGGAAAGAGCUGUGAACGACUUGAAUAACCGUUGGUUCGGCGGUCGUCCAGUUUAUGCCGAACUAUCUCCAGUCACAGACUUCAGAGAGGCUUGCUGCCGACAAUAUGAGAUGGGUGAAUGCACACGAUCUGGAUUUUGUAACUUCAUGCAUCUGAAACCUAUUUCGCGUGAGCUGCGUCGUUAUUUGUACAGUCGCAAGAAAGGCGGCAGAGGCCGAUCAAGGUCCCGUUCACGAUCACGUGGUCGCGAUCGUAAACGCAGAUCACGAUCACGCGAUAGACGAUCAAGAUCCAAGGAUCGUCGAAAGAGAGACGACAAAGGUAGAGAUGGUAGGUCCGGAAGAUACUAAUUAUCGAAAAGUGCGUUUAUAUGAGUGUCCACUGCGAGAUUCUGAUUUGAGCCACAUUGUCUCAUUUAACUAUGGGAUAUACGUUAGUUUUGUGAAUGUAUGCACGUAAUUGAUACAAAUCAGCAGUUUUUAGUAACAGUUAUUAGUUAAUCCAAACAAUUCACUCUCAGUUUCUUGGAAAUGAGUACAUUUACAAGUUGGUAAAAAAAAAUUAUAUAUAUAUAUAUAUAUAUAAAUUGUAUAAAAAUAUUUCUUACAUUAUUUAAUUUCAAUCGUUUGCUGAAUAUUGAUGUAAGUAGUAUGCGUCGAAUUUUACGUUGCAAUGAUGAAAUAAUUAAUAUAACCAUUUUUGGGUGAAAUAAAAAGUACAUAAAUAAUUAAACAAUAUGCAUAUUCCUUGUAUGUACGACCAAAUGACGGAAAUAAAUAAAAUGUGUAAGUAUAGAAAUAUAUAUAUUUCGUUUUUCGCAUUUAAUUCUCAUAUAAACGAUCGAACUUAAAUAUAUCGUGAAAAUCGAUGCGUACGCAGCGUUAUAUGUUUAUAUGUAUAUGGCGAAAGGUCUACGUAUAUAUAUGCAUUCUGAAGAUUACACUCGUUGUGUUCUUCGGUGAGGAGAGUAAUUUUAAUCGUAUCUUAUCGAUAUUGAGUUACUUUCUUUCAGAAUGUAGAUAAUAGUAAUAUUUCCUUCCUCCAAACUUUCAGAGAUGUUCUAAUUCUUGUAUAAAGUAAAAAUUAUGUCGUAACGAAAUCACUUUAUCGAAUAUAAUUACUUCAGCUUUU